CCCGAGAACCCGAGAGCUGUGGUAUUGCCAAGCUGCUCAUGCAGCUGUCCCGUGAAUAGGAAGCGACCGUGUUGAGAGAGGGUAAAAUAAAAAUAAAAAACUUGGGAAAACUUGUAUUACAACGAAGGACAUUUAAUGUGUUUGAAAGAACAUGGGGGAUAAACUGGACAAGCUCCCCGUUAGCCGGAAAAGGAGAACCACUAUCUCAGGAGGGUCAAGUUUGAAAACAAAUGGCAAGAAGUCAGGUUGUGAAAAUAAUGUUGAUAACAGUACUACGACCCACACCGUCACUAACAAGACACACGUAAAGACAGCACAAGUCGCUGGGAAGCCGACAAAAGAAAAGGGAAGAUAUGAAGCCCCUUACGACAAACUCCGCUGCCACAGGCUGCAAGAGUCCCUGCUCAGCUCGGCCAGUGGCUACAGCAACUACAGGGGAAUCCUCAACUGGUGUGUGGUCAUGCUGGUAUUGAGCAAUGCACGCCUUUUCUUAGAAAACCUUAUAAAGUAUGGAAUAUUAGUGGAUCCAAUCCAGGUGGUUUCACUCUUCCUAAAGGACCCAUAUAGCUGGCCUGCCCUGUGCCUUGUUCUUGUGUCCAAUGUAUUUAUACUAGCGGCUUUGUACAUAGAGAAAAGGCUGUCAAUGGGUUUUUUCUCAGAGAGGGUUGGUUUUUGGCUUCACUUCUUCAACCUCUCCAUGAUCCUCUGCUUCCCUGUGGCUCUUGUGUUGAUGGUCAGAUCCAUGACUCCAGUGCACUUCCUAAUUACAGACCCAAUUGGCGGUGUGUUUGCACUGACAGUCUACACCAUCCUGUUCCUCAAGCUGUACUCCUACAAAGAUGUGAAUAAGUGGUGCAGAGAAAUCAGACAUGCUAGAGCUCGAACUCUGGCCCGAUCACAGUCAUUCCCCAUGGCCCACAAAGCUAAUGGUGAUGCCGUACAGGCCCACGUGACAUAUCCAGGAAACCUCAAACACAGAGAUUUAUAUUACUUUGUGUUUGCGCCAACUCUCUGCUAUGAGCUCAGUUUUCCACGGUCCCCUCGCAUACGCAAGCGCUUUCUGCUGCGGAGGCUUUUUGAGAUGCUUUUCUUUAUACAGCUGUUGGUGGGAUUAAUACAACAGUGGAUGGUUCCAACAAUUCAAAAUUCUAUGAAGCCAUUUAAGGACAUGGAUUAUUCAAGGAUUAUAGAGCGUCUCUUGAAGCUUGCAGUCCCCAAUCACUUAAUCUGGCUGAUCUUCUUCUAUUGGUUUUUCCACUCGUCGAUGAAUUUCGUGGCUGAGCUCAUGCAGUUGAAAGAACCCACUGAACGCAUGUUCAUUUCCACUCCCCCUGGAGACAGGGAGUUCUACAGAGACUGGUGGAACUCUGAAACUGUCACCUACUUCUGGCAGAACUGGAAUAUUCCCGUCCACAAGUGGUGCAUUAGACACUUCUACAAACCUAUUCUGAAGAGAGGCACAAGUAAAUGGGCAGCACAAACAGCAGUUUUCCUGGCAUCAGCUUUCUUUCAUGAGUAUUUGGUCAGUGUUCCCCUGAAGAUGUUCCGACCAUGGGCAUUUAUGGGCAUGAUGUCUCAGAUUCCCCUGGCCUGGUUUGUGGGCAGGUUUCUGAGAGGCAACUAUGGCAAUGCUGCAGUCUGGAUUUCUCUCAUCAUUGGGCAGCCUGUCGCAGUGCUGAUGUAUGUUCAUGACUACUACAUCCUGAACUACGAGGAAACCCCAGUGGCAGGAAUGGCUUGAGAACAAUAAAUAGGAAAGAGGAAGAUGGGAUCAGGAACCAGGUAUCACGGAGGUGCGAAGAUGCCCUCAAACACGGUGCAAGAACAAUAAUGCCUUGUAUAUCAUUUUCUAUUUUAAACGGGGGUGGGGGGGGUAAAUAUUUUUGGACAUAUUUAAUUGUGGAGGGUAAAUGUGUAAUCCUUUCAAAGAGGAGCAUCAGUGGAGCAGUGGGUACUUUGUUGAGAUGGAUCAUUGAGUUUUAUUUGCUUCUGUCGUGCAGCAAACAAUUACUAGCCAAAGCAAGCUCUUGGUGUGUGUGUGUCCUGUAUUUUUAUGGUUUUUUCGGUUAUUUUUACUACUUUUGAUUUAAACAAUAAAAGCGCCCUCAUUAAACCUUAGAACAAAUCAUCUGUUUUUCUUUUAUAUAUUGUAAAACCGUGUACUUUAAAAUGCUUGGGAUGGAGGAAGAUAUUCAUAACAGGGGUGGGAAGGUCUGUGAACCUGUGUGGUAUACAGUACCUAAAGUGGAAAGCAUGCAGUACCGACACCAGCUUUCCUUUGAGAACGGUUAUUGCGGGAAUGCUGUCCGUGUGGUCUCCAAUGCAACUGUGCCGUAUAUACUCCCGUUUUCUCAGUAAGUAGUCACAAUGGGUCAAUUGCAGUGUACCAGAUUUAGUCCACUUGAUGUGUCUAACUAGUGGAUUAAGCAGUUCUAGUCCACUUGAUUGGACUAAAUUAGUACACCUUCAAAUCUUGAUUGCAGCGUACAAGAAGGUAAUCCUCACAGGUGGAUCUUCUGCUAAAUCAGACUAAACAUGAUCCCCAUUGCAGCAGCGUACCAAAUCAGAUCUCAGAUGAUCCUGUUCAAGUGGAUUUGCUCAGUACUGUGAAGGAUAAGACUAACUUAGUAUUCUUGACUGUCCUAUGCAU